GGAGGUCAUGCAUUCAAGAGGUCAUUCACCCUGGAGUGGCAGCAAAGGCACCAGGCCUGGGUGUGUGCUAAGGGCAGAGCUACCAAAUGGGCCCCUGCUGCUGUGUGCUCUGGAGGUGGACGGCCUAGCUACAGCUGGGCCCUCCUGAGGAGAGUUUCGUGCAAAGACUGCCCAGGAUCCUGAGAGGAAGAAGAGGAAAGCACAGAAACCAGGGCCAUACCACCCUGCCGAAGGUCCCCGGAGCCCCAGACCCAGGCCCAGAAACAUCUCAACCAGGAGCAGGACAUGGACCACAGCGUGGAGGGAGCUGCAGUCAGCCCUGAGGUGCCCCAGGAACUUCUGGAAGAAAUGAUUUGGGUUUUUCGUGUAGAAGAUGCGGCUCCUUGGAAUUAUUCCAUCCUGGUUCUGGCAGUCCUGGUGGCGGUGGUAAGCUUGUUCCUCCUGAGAAGGAGCAUCCUGGCAAACAGAAAUCGGAAGAAGCAGACACAAGACAAAGAGACACCAGAAGCCCUGCACCUAGAUGACUCCAGAAUGAAAGAAAACAGCAGCCUGAGCAACCUGAGAGAGACACUGAUGCUGAUCUCAGAGAAGCCAGACUUGCCCCCGGGGGAACCUGAGCUGAAUGAGAGAGACGCCCGAAGUGUCUUUCUGCCAGACCCACAGGAGACCGAGAGCUAGGGAGGGCUGAGAAAACCCGUUACCCCAGCCAGACACAGGACCGUGAUCUGAACUCAGCUCCGUGGCCUCAAACCCCUCAGGCUAGACAGUGCCCUGCAAGCAGCCUAACUUAUUUUUACCAGACACAAUAAACAAACUAUAACCAGAUGAAAA